AUGGAGUGCACCUGUGGAAUAGCUGAGCUCUUUGGCGGGCCAAACCGGGACCUCGGCCAGGUCCUGUGCAUCAUCACCGGAGCGUCGCGGGGAUACGGACGUAUGCUGGCCCUUCAGGUGUCCGGCCUGGUCCGGCCAGGCUCUGCGCUGCUGCUGGUAGCCCGCUCUGAGGAGCCCCUCCAGGAGGUGCAGAAGGAGAUAGCGGACUCCGGGGUAGACAUGGCGGGGCUGGCUGUGUGCUGCGUGAGGGCCGACCUGAGUACGCAGGAGGGGGUGGACCACACAGUGAGGACGGCAAAAGAGGCUGCACGCUCGGACAUCGAUCACAUGUUGCUGAUCAACAAUGCUGGCUCCCUGGGGGACGUCUCCCGUUUCACUCAGAGCUUCACAGACCUCUUGGAGGUGGAUAGCUACCUGUCACUCAACGUGAGCUCCGCCCUCGGCCUGACGGCUAGCCUGCUGCAGGCGUUUCCACGGCGCCAGGGCCUGCGGCGGACUGUGGUGAACCUCAGCUCCCUGUGUGCCCAGCGGGCGCUCCCCUCCUGGGUCCUCUACUGCACGGGCAAGGCCGCCCGCGACAUGAUGUUCCGCGUGCUGGCCGAGGAGGAGCCUGAUAUGAAGGUGCUGAACUACUCCCCAGGUCCGCUGGACACAGACAUGCAGGUCCAGGCACGCUACUGGUCAGGGGACGCGGAGCUGCGGCGCUCCCUCUGCUCCAUGUUUAGACGCGGCCAACUGCUGAGCUGCCAGGAGUCCGGCGCCAAGCUCCUGAGGCUGCUGCUGGACGACGACUUCCCCUCUGGAGCACACGUGGACUACUACGAGCUGUGA